UGAGAAGUGGUCUCGAGCAGAUGUCUUUUCAUAUUUACAAAAGUUGAUCCUAUAAGCAUGACAGAAAGUUACGAUUUAGAAAUGACAAAUCGAGGUGGACAUGACGAACAGGACGUGUUUUCAUCUUGUUCUUCCGUGAGAGAUAGAGACCAAGUUAUCGAAGAAGCAAUCGAAACGUUAUCGGCAAUCGGCAGAAACGAUUCAACUUUAAAUAACAACUUCUGGACAGAAUCGGAGAACGAAGAGUUCGAACUACACCAACAGUCUACAAUCAUGGUUGAUGGCGAUGGCACGGCAGAAUGUUUAAUGUCACACAAAAUGCAAGAUACCGACGUUUUGCAAUCCCGCGUAAUCGGUGAAAAGUUGGGAAAAUCUAAAUUAGAAUCGAACAACAAUACAAAUUUUGAUGAAAGUUUCAAACAGAAUCAGACGACCAGUGUUAACUCGACGAGAACAAAAUCGCGUCAACAUCAGGUUGCAAAAAAAAUGAUGAAUCGUGUUUCAACUCCCGUAAGUCGUAAGAGUGUUCGAUCUAAUCAAAAUACUUCCGAGGAUAAUGUUGCUGCCACCGGUAUAGAAUUAAAAUUGAGAGCCGUUAAGAAAGCUUGGCCGAAAUUGCCAAACGGUUUUCCAAUGAAACCGAGAGAUGUUUCAGCAACUUCAACGCCAAAGACAUAUUCCCGAUCAAACACACCUAAACAGGAUGUGAGAUUGCUAAGAACACCCGAAGAUCAACACGGAUCGCUGCAUGGAAAUGAGGUGAGUCCAAAGUCUUCGAGAGGAAAGUCUAAACUUGAUGGAGUUAGUACAGAAGAUCUUCAUUGCAAUUCAACAAGUAAAGCUUCCAAUAAAACUACGGAUAUUUUGAUAAAUACUGUCUCUGGAAGAGAUGAAACAGUCCCUCUAUCUUUCGAAGGAUCAUAUUCCUGUCGAGUUAUACGAAAAGAAAAAAAUGUUGGUGCAAAAAUUCAUAGUGAACGCAAAAGAAGGGAAAUGGAACUUGGAGUACCGAAAAUGGUAGCUCUCGUUGGUAAAAACAAUAUCAGAGGAAUAUCCAGAGAAUCAACAGCUAGUCGAAUAACUUCAAAAAUUCGAUCUCGUAAAAAUUCUGUAGUUGACUUUUUCCAAAGAAGGUUGAGCGUAGAUAAAUUAGGAUCAAGGCAAAUGAAGCGUCUGGAAUCUUUAUCCCAGAAAAAUAAACGAGAAAUCCACAAUUUAGCGCCAUCAACGCGCAAGAAAAUAGAACUACAUAUACCGGUAUUCGAUGAAACCUCGGAAGAGGAAAGCGACGAAAAUAAAAUAAAUUUUGAUCUUUUGAAAAAUACUAACGUAAAUGACAAAAAUACAGAUGAGUCAAAGGGGAAACAGGCAACAGAAAAAGUGGCUGCCCUACUUGGCGAUGUACAUAUCGCAUCGAAAGAUGAAUCGUCCAUUGCAUCGGACACAACGUACAACAUUCUACAAUGUGGUACAAUCAACAGAAGAAUUGAAGAACUAAAAAGACUCAAGAAAAGUAAACGUAAAACUCGAGCAUUGGAAACGGUUACGCUACAUAUAAACAUAGAAUCGUCAGAAGAAGAGGAUAUAGCUGCAGAGAAAACGUACAAGAAAUCUGUCCCAGGGAUUAAUAAAUAUUCGAAAAAGGUACCUGCGACAAUGGUAGUUUCCAGAGAUAAGGUCGCAAGUCUGAAAAAGAUUUCACGAACAACUAGUCCUGGACUUGAUAAGUACAGCAGCAGUCAAUGUGAUUUCGUGACCGCGGACACCCAUUCGUCUCGACUUGAGACUGUUAAAUCUGAUGGUCCAGACAAACAAAUUCACAGCAAUAAAGUUUUAACUUCCGCUCGAUGCAAAAACUUGAAAAAGUUCGAGACGAAACAUUCCAGACCAAACACAAGAAGCGAUGGUUUGAUACAGUGGACCGACGAAUGCGGUAACGUGUGCCAAGUUCAAAGUGAUGAUGGGAAAUACGGUGACAUAGUUUUAAAAUCUCGACCCUUUUCCGAAAAAAGCACUUUGUCAUCGCUAGGUAAGAUAAACCAGUGCGAAUUUACAGAUACAAGCGAUGCUCUUAAUCCCGGUAAAGAUCCACUGAGUCCACAAUGUGUCCGAAAGAAAAAAGACGCUUCAGCACAAGUUUGGGCUGCACUUGCACAGACACCUGAAGCUAAAUGUGCAACUGUAUUAAAUUCCGAUCAAAGGCAACAUCUCGCGAAACCUGAAGGUUGCAUAAUAUAUGUGGAUGAAUAUGGAAUUAGCAAACGUUUUCCGCUUUCGUUUCCACGUUUUGUAUCUCCAAUCAGUCUGCAAUAA